AUGAAGCCCGCUUCUGCCCACCACGAUGACGUCGAAGCGUUUAACGACUCGACCCUCCAGCAUGCUGCCGAGAAGGGGCAAGCCGCAACUGACAAAUAUGGCCAAUCCCUUGUGGAAUAUAAUCCUUCAGCCGAGAGGAAGCUUCGUCUGAAGAUCGAUUUAUGCAUCAUCCCCAUCGUGGCUUUGCUUUACUUGUUCUGUUUCAUCGACCGGGCCAAUAUCGGUAACGCCAAAAUCGCCGGGUUUGAUACCGAUCUAGGGAUGGAAGGCUACGACUACAACAUUGUCAUCACCGUUUUCUACGUCUCGUACAUCGUCUUCGAAGUCCCGGCCAAUAUCGCCUGCAAGUGGAUGGGCCCCGGCUGGUUCAUCCCGCUCACGACGUUCCUCUUCGGGGUUGCUUCACUUGGGACUGCGUUUGUCCACACGAUCCCUCAGGCCGCCGGGGUCCGGUUCAUCCUCGGAGUAUUCGAAGCCGGUAUGCUACCUGGUAUUGCAUACUACCUCUCCCGAUGGUAUCGCCAGGCCGAGCUGGCAUUUCGAUUAUCGCUCUACAUCGUCAUGGCACCCCUUGCCGGAGCCUUUGGAGGGCUCCUGGCUUCCGCAAUUCUGAAUCUCGAUGGCUUCGGCUCCCUCCACAGAUGGCGCAUGAUUUUUGCUAUCGAGGGCAUAAUCACCAUUGGCCUUGCUCUUAUUAGCGCCGUCAUUCUGACCGAUCGGCCCGAGACAGCGCGCUGGCUUACAGCCGAAGAAAAGAUUUUGGCAGUGGCUCGCAUCAAAUCUGAACGGGUUGGUACCACUGUUGUCCUGGAUAAGAUCAACAAGACCCGACUUUCCCGUGGGGUCUUUAACCCGAUUACGCUGAGUACAUCAUUUAUCUUCCUGCUUGACAAUGUCACUGUUCAGGGCCUGGCAUUUUUCCUUCCAACCAUUGUCAAAACAAUUUACAAGGAGAAGACGACGAUUCAGCAACAACUCUUCACUGUCCCUCCAUACAUUGUUGGAGCAUUCUUUACUGUAUUGUUUCCUCUUAUCAGUUGGCGCAUGGAUAGGCGCCAGAUAUUCAUCAUUCUCUCUGCCCCGAUGGUCAUGGUUGGUUACUGCAUGUUUCUUGGGUCCCACGAUCCAUUGACCCGCUACGGAGCAACUUUCCUUGUCGCUUCAUCGACCUUUGCUCUUGGGCCGUUGACAAAUGCACAAGUCUCUGCGAAUGUGGUGAGCGAUACAGCACGCAGUGCAGCUAUUGGGACAAACGUCAUGUUUGGGAAUAUUGGAGGCUUGAUCAGCGCGUGGUCGUUCCUCCCAUGGGAUUCACCGGAUUUUCAUAUUGGCAAUGGGCUGAACUUGGCAACGGCCGGCACCAUCUUGGUUGUGAGCACGUUAGUGUUGGUGUGGAUGAAGCGAGAUAAUAAAUUGCGGGAUAGCAGGGAUGUUGAGGACGAAUUGGGUGGAUUGACGCAGGACGAUAUUGAAAACCUUGACUGGAAGCACCCGGCCUUCCGCUGGAGACUUUGA